GUGCCUGUUAAGACUAUAAAAGUCACAGGACCCGGCUCAGCUCCUCACACUUCCAUUUGGCUCUCCUAGCUGCCUGACUGCUGAACGGCCAGGACACCAAAAUGAGUGCCAAAAAGUCUCCGGAAGAACUGAAGAGCAUUUUCGAAAAAUAUGCAGCCAAAGAAGGUGAUCCAAACCAACUGUCCAAGGAGGAGCUGAAGCUAUUGAUUCAGACGGAAUUCCCCAGUUUACUGAAGGGUCCAAGCACCCUUGAUGAGCUUUUUGAAGAACUAGACAAGAAUGGAGAUGGAGAAGUUAGUUUCGAAGAAUUCCAGGUGUUGGUGAAAAAGAUAUCCCAGUGAAGGAAAGAAUAAAAUAUCAUUCUCAGUACCAGAAGAAUGCCUGGGAUAUGGUCCUACUCUGUACAAAACCACCAAUGUUGCCACUUAAUUCUUUACAAUUGUAAUGAUCCAACACUAAGGUCUAAUUACUAAAUAAAGAAAUCCUCAAACAUG